CAGAGACUUUCAUCCGGCAACGGACGGGGCCUUUUUUUCUUAAAGGAGAAGCGGCAACUCAAAUAAUUUACCCCUUCUCCUCUCAAGAGCUGGCGGCGCUGGGGACAGAAAGGCCAGAGCAGGAAGGUGGGGGUCCGGGCGGAGGCGGGAUAACGUCCAGGCUACUUGUUAGGCUAGUAAGAGCCCUUAAGGGAACAGUGGCGCCUCAGGGAGGCAGGUGCGCGCGCAGCCGGCUGGGGGAGGUGGGGAGAUGCGCGCGAAGCUGGUAAAGGUGCGUUUUGUCCUCUCCACCGCCCUCGCCAGCCCUGCCCCUCCCACCGCCCCUAGCUUGAGCUGAACUCCUGAGGGGGGAGAAAAGGUCACUUUGGGAUUGUCGCGAGACGCAGCCGUUUAACGGUGAGAACGGGUGCGCGGGGAAGGAAACCUCGCGCUCUCCCUCGGAGCCGUUUCCUGAUUGGCUGAAAGAAGGGGUGGGGGAGGGCACCGUGUACGCCACUGCGUGUGAGCCCGCGUGGGGCGGGGCCAGGAGGCCGAUCCUCCUUCCCGAUUGGCCCACUGCUUGUCUGUGCGGUUGCGCGCGUGCGCGCCGCCGGCGGUCGCGGACUUGAGUGGCAGGGGGCGGGGGGGGGGCGCCCUCGGAGCGGGCGGAGGGGCGGGGGGGGUAAGAGAGCGGUGCUCCGGAGUGAGGGAGCCGGACUCUCCGGGAGCCUAGGGGGGGGGGGGAGCUGCGCCGCGGGCGCCGCCGCCUCCGCCGCCUGGGACGCAGGGGUGGGGGACGGACGAGCCCCGAUGCCGGGGGAGACGGAGGAGCCGCGAUCCCCGGAGCAGCAGGACCAGGAAGGGGGCCAGGCAGCGGCGGCCGACCCGGCUUCGGACGAGCCCCGGCCCGGCGCGGCGGCGGCAGCGGCGGCGGCGGCGGCGGCGCCUGCAGGGACCGCGAGCAGCCGCGUGCUGAGGGGAGGUCGGGACCGCGGCCGGGCCGCUGCGGCCGCCGCCGCCGCCGCCGCCGCUGUGUCCCGCCGGAGGAAGGCCGAGUAUCCCCGCCGGCGGAGGAGCAGCCCCAGCCACAGGCCUCCCGACGCCCCCGGGCAGCAGCUCGCGGCCGCGAAGCCCCCGUCUCCUGCUCAGGGCAAGAAGAGUCCGCGACUCCAGUGCGUAGAAAAAAUAGCAACUGAUAAAGAUCCCAAGGAAGAGAAAGAAGAUGAUUCUGUCCUCCCUCAGGAAGUUUCCAUUUCUGCAACUAGACCUAGCCGGGGCUGGCGCAGUAGUAGCAGAACAUCAAUCUCUCGCCUUCGAGACACUGAGAAUACUCGCAGCUCUAGGUCCAAGACUGGUUCAUUGCAACUUGUCUGCAAGUCAGAACCAGUUACAGAUCAGCUUGAUUAUGACGUUCCAGAAGAACAUCAGUCUCCCGGUGGCGUUAGUAGUGAUGAGGAAGAGGAGGAGGAAGAAGAGAUGUUAGUCAGUGAAGAGGAAAUACCAUUCAAAGAUGACCCAAGAGAUGAGACCUACAAGCCUCACCUUGAAAGGGAAACCCCAAAGCCACGGAGAAAAUCAGGGAAGGUGAAAGAAGAGAAAGAAAAGAAAGAAAUUAAAGUCGAAGUAGAAGUAGAGGUGAAAGAAGAAGAGAAUGAAAUUAGGGAAGAUGAGGAGCCUCCUAGGAAGAGAGGGAGAAGGAGAAAAGAUGACAAAAGUCCACGGUUACCCAAAAGGAGGAAAAAACCUCCAAUCCAAUAUGUCCGUUGUGAGAUGGAAGGAUGUGGGACUGUUCUUGCUCACCCUCGCUAUUUGCAGCACCACAUUAAAUACCAGCAUUUGCUGAAAAAAAAAUAUGUAUGCCCCCAUCCCUCCUGUGGACGACUCUUCAGGCUCCAGAAACAACUUCUGCGACAUGCCAAACAUCAUACAGAUCAGAGGGAUUAUAUCUGUGAAUAUUGUGCUCGGGCCUUCAAGAGUUCCCACAAUCUGGCAGUACACCGGAUGAUUCACACAGGCGAGAAACCAUUACAAUGUGAGAUCUGUGGAUUUACUUGUCGACAAAAGGCAUCCCUUAAUUGGCACAUGAAGAAACAUGAUGCAGACUCCUUCUACCAAUUUUCUUGCAAUAUCUGUGGCAAAAAAUUUGAGAAGAAGGACAGCGUAGUGGCACACAAAGCAAAAAGUCACCCUGAGGUGCUGAUUGCAGAAGCUCUGGCAGCCAAUGCAGGUGCCCUCAUCACCAGCACAGAUAUCUUGGGCACUAACCCAGAGCCCUUGACACAACCUGCAGAUGCUCAGGGGCUUCCUCUUCUUCCUGAGCCCUUGGGAAACUCAACAUCUGGAGAGUGCCUACUGCUAGAAGCUGAAGGGAUGUCUAAGUCAUACUGCAGUGGAACAGAACGGGUGAGCCUUAUGGCUGACGGAAAGAUCUUUGUGGGCAGCGGCAGCAGUGGGGGCACUGAAGGGCUGGUCAUGAACUCGGAUAUACUCGGUGCUACCACAGAGGUUCUGAUUGAAGACUCAGACUCUACUGGACCUUAGUGCAAAGGAAGACUUUGGGCACUGGGACAGUGCAGACUUUGUAUUUAAAAGAUAAAAAGGACAAAAAAAAAAUUUAAAGCAUUUAAAAUCUAGUAAAAUAACUGAAGGGCCUGCUCUUUGCAUUGUGGAUCACAGCACACAGACACACACACACACACACACACACACACACACACACACAC